AGCCCACUCUUCCCCCCCUCACCAGUAGCAGUACUUGUACUACACGAUAUGAUAUGAUGUGAAAUGACACAUCCACGACGACUGUAUGUGUGUGAGAGAGAGAGUCAUUUCUCAGAUUCAACCCUUGUUUCAGUUUUUUCCUCUAACCCCUCUAAUUCCAUUUCCAUUUCCCCAAAAUUCACACACAAAAACCUAACUUUUAGUUCUCAGAUUCAGCAACAGAAAAUCAACAAUUUCUCACUCUGAUUCUCUCUUCUCCUCCUGGCUCCUUCACGUGAUUCUGAUUGGUUUCUCUGAAGAUCUGAUUCAACGAGUUUGGCUGAAUUCGCUUGUUUGAUUUUCGAUUUCGGUGUAUUAUGGCGAAGAUCUACAAGUUUCAGUGGUAAAAAAGCUGUGAUUUUUUUUUCUUUGUUUAUUGUAUAGUAGAGUGAGAAAAUUUACCAGAUCUAGUAGUUGGUUUACUUUUACCGGGACCGAGUUGACUCGGACGAGUUGUUACAGUGGUGACUCAGUGAGUUGUUAGUAAUGGAGACACUCGUCGUUGUGGCUCAGCAUAGAAACCACCACCACCACCAAUACUAUAGUAGUAGUAGUAACGGUAAGGCCCAUGGGUCGGGUCGGUUCGGUUUCCGAUUCGGAUCAUCGGUGCCUUCUACAGGGAUCAAUUGCCGGAGUUACCAAUCUGGGGCAGGUAUACUCCCAACCCCAUUCAAGGCUUUCUAUUCUCCUGUAACCAAACAUACCUGUUCACCAUCAUCACCACCUUCACAGUCACACUCUUCAUCUGAUUGCAACACCACACACACUAGUGCCAAAAGCACUCCUAUUGAUAUUGUGAAGAAAGGUUGUGAGAAAGAGAGUGCUUUUAUUGGUAAUGAGAGUGCCACUGGUUGUAGUUGUGAGUGUGGGUGUGGGAGGAGUGGGGGUCUCUCAUUUUGUGAGCUCUGGGCUGGACCCACUUACUCAAACUCACCACCCCCGAGUUCUCUGCCCAUACCCAAGUUUUCGCUCAAGCCGAAACGGACUGUGUCACUUGAUUUGCCAUCUGGGUCGGAUUUGGUGGCAGAUAACAACCACCACCCAAUUGCUAAGUCUGCACCCCCAUCACCUACUAGGGAGCAUAGCAAUUGCACAAGGGAUAUGUUUGCGACCAAGACUCUGCGUCGCAUUCUCAAUCUUGAUGUUGAUGAUGAUGAGUGAGUGGUAGGGGCCAUUCUUUGGCUCCUGUAAAUAGGUUUAGCUUUGAAAAUGGGUUAGUGUUAGAUUGUAUAUAGAGUGAAUAAAUUGGUUGGCAAUGUUAGUCGGUAUGUUCAAGUGUGUUUAGCUUUCAGUAGUGGUGCCCAAUGGUGAUGGCUGUGGUGGGUCGACAAUCUCCGGAUUCCUUAAUUAGAAUUAAGGUGUAGAUGGGAAUUUGGAAUUGGACUUGGCUGUGGUGGGUUGAUAAUCUCUGGAUUUCGUAUUAAGAGUUGUGGUGGCGAUGGGGAUUCAGAAAUGGAAGACUUGGCUGUGGUGGGUCAACAAUCUCCGGAUUUUGCAUUAAGAAUUGAGGUGUAGAUGGAAAUUCAGAAAUGAUAGAGUUGGAUUUAGAUGAUGGAUGUAUCUCUAUGAGAGAGGUAGGUUAUACUGUAUGGGGUUUUGCGAUACGGAUGGAAGCUAACUUGGGAGGUUUACGAAGUAGAAGGGGGGAGAAAUGAAUGGGAAUAUACUUGAAUCAUUGCUGGUGCUGUUCUUUGCAAUGGGAUGGAAUGGCAGAGUGCUGUUCAAUCUAUUGGACCUGAAGGAAAUCAUGUUUCUAGUUGAAUGUUGGAAAUUAUGAUUUCAAGUUCUUGGAAAAGUUCCUUACAGAAUUGUUAAUUUUCACUAGUCUGUUCCUACUUCUUAGGUUUAGGUCUCUGGUUUCAGACACUGUAUAUACUGUAGAAUCUUGAACUCGCUAUCUUAACAAACCCUGUAGGCUUCUGUUUCAUUUUUGUUACCAUAAGCUUCUUUUCUUAUUCUUAAAACUUUAGCAUCCUUCUUUUUUCUGAAUAGCCUAAUUGAUUAGUCUCUUUCUUCCAUGGAUCAAAGUUGCCAAAAUUGGCUGCUCAGAUAAUCUCCCUUCCUAUAGAUUCUUACCUACUUAUCAAUAUUCUCCCCUCUUCAUACUCGCUGUUUCUUUUGUUUGUUUAGGAUCUGACUCCUUUCUGUACACUUUACAAGGUGUUCAUUCCCUUCACCAUUUUCCUGUUUUUUAUGAGGGAAAAGUGGGAAGCGAUAGGGAUAGUAGUAGUCUGCUGCUUCUGCUUCUUCAGUUAGUAGGCCUAAUCCGUGUUGCUCUUUACUCUUGUAAGCCUUUUGUGGUCCUCUUGUAGUUUCUUGUUCUUUUGAGUGCAGAGAGUCCUUUCCUCUUGAUUUCUGUAAGGCUCAUCUUCAUUGGAGGUUGUUGAUCGUACCAAGCCAUGCACAAGGAGACUGUCGGAGAAGCUGGCUUCACUAGUAGGAUAUGUUUGUGCUGGAUCCAGUGUGUCUACAUAAGUCUUGUGAGGAGCUUGCAUGAAGUUUCUUCGUGUUGUUGCUUCUGUUAGAUAAAUGCAUAAUGUGCAAGUUUGGUUGUAUGGUCUUUUGUUCUAUGAAACCCUUUAAAGUAGCAAAGUCUAUUUGUAGCGUUUGACUAAGUUGUUGUCAUCUUAUCCAUUUUCAUGUUAUAUUUGAUGCUAGUAUUUUCUUGUUUUUCAUUUAGGUUGAUGUUUUGCCAUCAGUCUGGAUUGUGAUAUAUUAUUAUUUCUAGUAUUAAUGUUA